GGCGGCGGAGGGCGAGCAGGCGAACGCCGCAGCUGCUACAUCCGGGCCGCGGCGGCGGCACCUGCCGCGGCGGGGGCCUCGGUGACAUUGGGGGCACGGCGAUUGAAGGAGCAGGCACCGCUGCGGAGCCUGCAGAGAGCGAGAUCUUCGCCUGCGCUCGCCGCCACCGAUCCUCCACCGCCUCCUCGGCGCCACCGCCAUGGUGCUAGGCACUAUUCUCACCCACGCGAAGAAGCACCCGGCCUUGAUCCCUCUGUUUGUGAUCAUUGGAUCUGGAGGUGUUGGUGCAGGCCUGUAUCUCAUGCGUUUGGCGAUGUUCAACCCUGAUGUCAGCUGGGACAAGAAAAAUAACCCAGAACCUUGGAACAAAAUGUCUCCCAGUGACCAGUACAAGUUCGUCUCGAUUAAUAUGGACUACAGUAGACUCAAAAAGGAUCGUCCUGACUUCUAAAAACAGACUCAUGUCCAUAAGCUGCACAGAAAGGUCUUCCAUAAGUCAUCCGCACAAGUGUCAUGCUUAAUCAUCCAGGAAAUAAUCAAAUUUGCCUCACACAGCACUAGGUCGUGUUUGAAACUGUUUUGAUGAGGCUUAAUAAACAUUUAAAACUUGA